AUGAUUGGAGCCACAACCAACUCUUUCAACUUCGUCGGAAGCCCACCACCGCCUAGCCGCCAAAAAACCAAGGCCGAGCAUCUGCCGCCUCACCCAAAGAACAGGCUGCCGCCACUUCUGACAAUAUGGAAAAAGGGCAGCCACAACUGCACAAACGUUAACGAGCUUGAGCAUGUCCCUAUUCUCCUUGGCCAUGGGGGACGGACUCUGACCGAACCCAUUCUCGCACGCAUUAAUCUCGUUCUCGGCGGUGGCGGCCAGCGUGUCGAAACCGCAGUACGUCUCGGAGUCGAGGUUUCCGAGCACUUCCAUCAUGGCCCGGCCCGCCUUUGUGUAGCUUUCUUGGCAGGCCUUGAAGCCCGCCAAGAUGUAGGGCUUCUCGUUCCCCCCACUGUUGAGUCUCGUCUGGAUCAGAUCCGAGAUGUUUUGGGCUUUGGCGUAAGCGAGGCCGUUGGCUAUGUAGGCAAGGACCACAGAGUCGGCAGACGAGGCCCGUGGGUCGGAAAAGAGGGCAUGUUUGCAGUAUUUCGGGUCGGUAGUGUUUGA